CGUCUUUUGCCCCGCCCAUCCCUUACAAUCACUUCCUUGACCGGAAGUUUUGAAUGAAUUGUACGCGGGAAAGUCUCUCAGGCAGCUUCUUUCAUACACCCGUGCAGGUCUGUUUGCCUCUGAAAGUGCGAGAAAAAAAAUGAAAGUGGUAACGUGUGAAAUAGCCUGGCACAACAAAGAGCCUGUCUACAGUUUGGACUUUCAGCACAGCACGGAUGGACGCAUACACCGCCUGGCCACAGCUGGAGUGGACACCACCGUCAGGCUCUGGCGGGCGGACAUGGGUCCGGACGGGAAGGCCGUGGUGGACUUCCUGUCAAACCUGGCUAGACACACAAAAGCUGUCAAUGUGGUUCGUUUCAGCCCCAAUGGAGAUCUCCUCGCUUCUGGAGGAGAUGAUGCUGCAAUUCUUUUAUGGAAGCUGAACGACACGAAGGAGCCAGAGCAAGCUCCCGUGUUCCAAGAGGAUGAAGAUGCUCUGCUCAACAAGGAGAGCUGGUCUGUGGUCAAAACACUGAGGGGUCACAUAGAGGAUGUGUACGACGUCUGCUGGACGAGGAAUGGGAACUUCAUGGUGUCGGGGUCUGUCGACAACACAGCUAUCAUGUGGGACGUCAGUAAAGGACAGAAGUUGUGUAUCCUAAAUGAUCACAAGAGCUAUGUGCAGGGUGUGACCUGGGAUCCUCUGGGACAGUAUGUCGCCACUCUCAGCUGCGACAGGGUCUUGCGUGUCUACAGCACCCACACUAAGAAAAAGGCCGUCACUGUCAGUAAAAUGAGCUCAGGACAGCCGGCAGAGGGGGGCGAGGCAAAGCAGUACAGAAUGUUCCAAGACGACAGCAUGAGGUCCUUCUUUCGCCGUCUUUCCUUCACGCCAGACGGCUCGUUUCUUAUUACACCAGCUGGAUGUGUGGAAGUUGGAGAAAACAUCAUUAACACCACCUACAUCUUUUCCAGAAAAAGUCUGAAAAGGCCCGUUGCCCACUUGCCGUGUCCAUCUAAAGCUACGCUGGCCGUGCGCUGCUGCCCCGUUUACUUUGAGCUCAGAACCAAAAAGGGAGAAGAUGGAUCUAUCCAGGAUCUUCCUAAUUUAUUCAAGCUUCCCUACCGGAUGGUGUUUGCCGUGGCCUCGGAGGACUCCAUCUUCCUGUACGACACGCAGCAGAGCCUUCCGUUCGGCCUGGUGUCAAACAUCCACUACCACACACUCAGUGACCUGUCAUGGUCUGCUGAUGGUUCCUUCCUGGCCGUGUCCUCCACAGACGGUUACUGCUCCUUCCUGUCAUUCUCUCCUGGGGAGCUGGGUACUCCCCUCAAAGAGCCCCCCACCUUAGAGGACUUUGUCCCAAACAGUAGUGAGAAGAAAGGGAAGAAACCCGCAGCACCCAAGAACUCCCCGCCUUCAUCCCAGCCCGCAAAUUCCUCCCCUAAAGUGAGCAAAGACGCCCCCUCCUCGACUCCCUCGGAGGAGAAGAAGGCCACGCCGAAGGGCGUGUUGAAGCCGCAGCCGCGCAGGAUCACCCUCAACACGCUGGAGGGGUGGGGCAAACGCAGCCCCCCCAAAGCUCCCGCUGCACCGGGACAGCAGACGCCCAAAUCUCCCUCUACUCCCCAAAACUCCCCCGCAAACAAGCCACAGAUAACGCCCCUCAACCCCUCCACCCCAAAGGUGCCCAACAGUGCUGCACCCACCACCCCGAAAGUUACCCCGAAGGGACCGACACCCAGGAGAGUUUCUCUGACUCCGGUUGCGCCGCGAUCUCCAAGUGUGGCUUCACUUUUUCAGGCUCCUUCCUCCACAGAAAAGGCUAAACAUGAGCGGCCCUCCCCGCCCACCGAUCCGGUGUGCCAGCCCCCAGAAUCCAAAAGGCCUAAAACCGCCGACGCUCCGGAAAAAGAAAAGGACGCCGCCGUCGGCAAAGAUUAACUUGCAGAAGCAUCAUUUGUGUUACAAGUUGUUAUUUUUGUCUUUUGUCCUCCUGUGUAUUAUUUUUGACUGUCAUUAAAGCUGACGUGCUCCUAAAAGUGUCAAGAAAAAGGGAAGAUGAACCUGAACGUUAGAGCAAAAGAAGACGAGCACUUGAAUGUUUGACAUCAGAGGCUGAUAUUUGAGAGAAAUCCUCCAGGUAACGAGUGUUUAACUGUUUAUAAGCUUUCUAAUAAAGUCUGUUUCUCUCAUA